CGUCGUCGUCGUCAGUACAAAUUCACCGCUGCGAUGGACACGUCAAUCCCGUGCGUCGUCUGCAACAAGCCCAACGUUGUGACCGAGAACGUGUGCACCAACUGCGGCAAGUCGCUCGGGUCGGACGCCGACCGCCUCGACGUGCUCGUGCGCCGGCUACAGCUGUGGCAAGGCGACCCGAACGCCGAGCUGCUGGCGGCGCGGGCGCAAAUCGUCGCGCUCCAGGCGCAGGUCGACGAGCAGGCGAGCCGCCUCUUGGCGCUGCAAGCCAAGCUCCAAGCCGACGCGUCCGGUGUUGGCAAAGAAAUGGAGCUCAAGCAUCUGCGCGAGCGGCUCCAGGAGAUCGAGGAGCGGCAGCAUCUGAGCGCGAGCUUGCACACGAUCCCCGGCGUCGAGGGCAGUCAGUUCCUCGACGCGCAGCUGCUUGGGACGACGUCCAACUUUGUGCUGCACCUCGGCACGCUCGAGGGCAAGCUCGUCGUGCGCAAAAUGUUCUUCGAAUCCAGUCCCGAAGAAGCGCUCGUACACAAGUUUAAGGAGUCGAUCGCGAUGCUCGCCAAGCUCGACGGCGGCGGCGGCGCGAUCAUCCCGCUCUUUGGCGCCGCGGCCGUGGACCAGCGCCGGCCCGUCAUCUUUAUGGAGUACAUGGAGCGUGGCGAUCUGCGGUCGGCGCUCUCGGGCAAGGCCGCGCUCUCGUGGCCGACGCGGCUCCAGAUCGCGCUGCAAGUGGCCAAGGCGCUCGCCAAGAUGCACGCGAUGGACCUCAUCCACCGCGAUCUGAACUCGAGCCACAUCCUCCUCUCGCACACCAACGUCGCCAAGGUCACGGGGCUCUCCAACGCCCGCGAGAAGUCGCCGUCGUCCAUGACCAACAACGUCGGCGACUUUCGGUGGGCGGCGCCCGAGACGAUGGUCGAAGGCAACCUGUACUCGGAGAAGGCGGAUAUCUACUCGUUUGGCAUCAUCCUCGUCGAGCUCGACACGCACGAGCUGCCGUACGCGCACAUGAAGGACAGCAAGGGCCGGCAGAUGCGCGAGUUUGCCAUCAGCGACGCGAUCCGCCGGGCGACGCCGGGCGCGCCGAUCACGCAGCACAAGUUUGGCGACAGCCCGUCGUGGUACCAGGACCUCGCGCGCGAGUGCACGAGCUUGGACCCGACCGCGCGGCCGUCGGCCGUCGAGCUCGUGCGGCGGCUCCAAGAGCACCUGCGCGCGCCGUCCAAGGUCGCGGCGCCGCCGACGCCGGCGGUCGUCAACGUGCGCCUCACGGUCGUUGAGGCCAACUCGAUUCUGGACACGCAGGCGUUCGGGACGCAGAGCCCGAUCUGCAAGGUCGGUCUUGGCGGGAAGGAGUUUUCGACGCAGCCGCACAACCGCGGCGGCCGCGCGCCCCGCUGGAACGAGCGCUUUGAUUUUUUCAAUGUCAACCUCAUGGAGAUGGUGCUCGAGGCCAACAUCCUCAACGUGCAGUGGUGGCUGGAAGGCCAGAUCGGCAAGUGCAACCUCCCGCUCCACGAAGCGCUCGACGGGAAGCACGGCUGCCGCCGCCGCAUGUGGCUGCCCGUCUACUCCCGCGGCGACAACCACGGGUACCUCACGAUCGACGUCGAGUUCCAAGGCGACGUCGCGCGCUGGCUGCACGAGUACGUGGCCGCCAUGGAGUGCUACGUGGUCGCGCUCGGCGACGCCGAAAGCGUCGCGCGAGAUGAAGCGCUGCACAAGAUCGAGGUCGCGCAGCGCCUUGUCGAGCAGGUCGAGGUGGCGCCGUAGACACGCUAUUAACACGCAACGCCUUGCCAUGCGUUCAUACGAAUACCAGCUUCUUGCCGCCCUUUG